GUAAGUUGGAGUAGUUGUUGCGUUAAUUAAUUAUAAUAGUCUAUUGAAACACAAACACACUCCUUCACCCAAAUUCUAAAUUCCAGGUUAUGAUAUUGAUAAGUGUGAUUUAGGGUUUUCUUUGAGAAAAUUUUGAGUGUUUAUUUUUGAAAACUUGGAAGAUUUUGAUGGAACAUCCAUUUAGUUCGGGUGCGGAUUCUGUUCCUACUGGGCCAAUAAACAAGCAUGCAGUUUUGACUGUUAAACCGUUGAGACGUCUUGUUCCGAUAUUCCCAACACAGCCUGAUUCUAAUGCACCACCAACUUCAAACUUUGCGUCUAUACCUCCAACUGGCCCGUUCCCACCUGGUGCCGCUCCGUUUUUCCCUUUUUACGCCUCAAAUGCUACUCCAAAACAAGGUACAGGAACACAACCAGGUCAUGGAAGGGCUUACCCGAUCCCCUCACCAGUUCCUAUAAAUUCUUUCAAGUCACCGGUAUCAGCUGCAGGAAAUGGUGAUAUUGGGUCGUCUAGAAGGAGUACUAGAAGUCGUACAGAUUUAGAUGAGGAUGAUUAUAGUCAAAGUGAUGGUUAUGGGAACAUGGAUAUUGGCAGUGAUGGUGUUGGUGAGAAAAAGUCGGUAACUCGCAAAAAAACUAGAGCGGGGAAUCCGAAUUCUAGUUAUGAUGCUGACAUUGACUCGAUGGUUAAUAGUCUGUUGAGAUCUUUCAAUCUCUUGGAAAUCGAUACUUUCCGUCAGGCCAACAGUGACAAGGAGUUUGUUGAUGUUGUAGUAGUGGUUUAUAAUCUGCUCAGAAGAAAGAUUACCCAACUUGAUGAUGUAACAGCCGGUGUUUCAGCACAAGCACGACGUCCGGACUUGAGGGCAGGUACUAUCUGUAUGACCAAAGGGGCUCGGGCGAAUGUCAAGAAGAGGAUUGGAGCGGUACCUGGUGUUGAUGUUGGUGACAUUUUCUUUUUCCGUAUGGAGAUGUGUUUGGUUGGAGUGCAUGCUCCAAGUAUGGCGGGAAUAGAUUAUAUGGGCGUCAAGGUCUCUGGAGACGAAGAGCCAUUGGCUGUCAGUAUUGUUUCCUCUGGAGGAUAUGAAGAUGAAGGUGAUGAUGGUGAAGUGCUAAUUUACAGUGGUCAAGGGGGUGUUCAGAGGAAAGAUAAGCAACAAAUGGAUCAGCAACUAGUUAGGGGUAACCUUGCUCUCGAAAAGAGCUUACACAGGGCUAACGAGGUACGAGUCAUUCGGGGUCUUAAGGAUUAUGCACAUCCAACUGGGAAGGUAUAUGUCUAUGAUGGCUUAUACAAGAUACAUGAGUCGUGGAUUGAGAAAGCAAAGUCUGGGGUAAAUAUAUUUAAGUACAAACUGGUUAGAGUUGCUGGACAGCCUGAAGCAUUUACAUUGUGGAAAUCAAUCCAGCAAUGGAAAGAUGGUGUUACUACGCGGCCUGGGGUCAUCUUACCUGACCUUACUUCUGGAUCCGAAAGUUUACCCGUUUCUCUUGUAAAUGAAGUGGAUGGUGAAAAGGGGCCUGCUUAUUUUACGUAUACAUCAAGCCUUAAGUAUGUAAAGGCAUUUUCUUCAACCUCAUCUUCCCCAUUCUGCAACUGCACAGGUGGAUGCCAACCUGGCAGCAUCUGCCCUUGUGUUCAAAGUAAUGGAGGCUAUAUGUCAUAUACCUCGCUUGGUGUUCUUCUGAGUCAUAACUCAUUGGUACAUGAGUGUGGUAAAUCUUGUGUUUGCCCUCUUAGUUGCAGGAAUCGUAUUUCCCAGGCGGGUUUAAAAGCCCGUCUAGAGGUGUUUAAAACAAAGGAUAAGGGUUGGGGACUUCGGUCAUGGGAUCCCAUACGUGCUGGAGCUUUCAUUUGUGAGUAUGCAGGCAUAGUGAUAGCGGAAAAUGGAAUGGACUUUGAUGAUAACUACAUUUUUGAUGCUACUCGCUCCUUUGUGCCCUUGGAACCUUUCCCUAAUGAUGAACCUGCCAAGUUUCCAUUUCCUCUAAUCAUCAGUGCCAAAAACGAGGGUAAUGUGGGUCGUUUUAUGAACCACAGUUGCUCGCCUAAUGUGUAUUGGCAGCCAAUUGUUCGUGAAAGUCAAGAUGAAUCAUCUUUUCAUGUUGGAUUUUUUGCGAUCAAACAUAUUCCUCCUAUGCAAGAAUUAACAUAUAACUAUGGAUUGGUAUCAGCUGAUAAAGCUGGCUCGCGGAGGAAAGAGUGUUUCUGUGGAUCGUCGAGAUGCAUUGGCUAUUUCUACUAGUGGUUGACAUAAAGUUUGCAAGGAUGACACAUGUCAAACGGUGUCUUUUGUCGAAGAAGCAGAAGAGUUUGUAGUUUGUAGGUGAAGAUGAAAUGAAGUUUGCCCAGUGCAGUUCAAAAUUCUUAUCAAGUAUUAGGACCAGGUGCAUAGGUCAUAAUUAAACCCUGUUUAUUUUGCAAUGUAGUCUUUUGGUACAUCAACUUUUGUAUGGGGAUUGGGGCAUGUAGUAGCCCCUUUUUUUCUUUUGAUUAUUAGGUGACGUUGCUUUAGCUUGCCGAUGUACAAUUUUCUUAUCUAUAAUGUGCUGUGCAACAUAGAUGGUGCUUUUCAAAA